UGGCAGCAUCAGGCCCCUACUCAUAGUAAAGUGUCGUUGAGCACAUUCAAGAAACGAGCAUCGUAAACAGGGGCAACUUGAGCACGUUUCAACAGUCCCGCAGCAUUAGUAAACAUCCCUAUUAAUAAAAGCCUCCCCGCUUAGUACUAUAGUUGUAGUACAACAGUAUCCUAUGUAGUAACCGCCGCGUACCUGACAAAGAGACAUUGCGCAUCUUCCAUCUUCCUCUUUCUCUCUCCCUUCCUCUCAGCCCACUGCAGUCGAGUCCUUCAUUUCACCGUACUUUGAAGACUUCGGUAUAUCACGCCGGGAUCAAAACGUCAUACUACCUUGGUACCAAGUACAGUCCAACGAUCGCCCGCCGCCCGCCACAAUGUCCGAACACCACUACAAGUUCAAUGUCAAAAUGACCUGCAGCGGCUGCUCCGGCGCCGUGGAGCGCGUGCUCAAGAAACUCGACGGGGUCAAGUCAUACAAUGUCUCCCUCGACACCCAGACCGCCGACGUCACCACGGAAGACUCGGUCUCUUACGAAACCGUCCUCGAGAAGAUCAAGAAGACUGGCAAGGCCGUGAACUCGGGAGAAGCAGAUGGCGUGCCUAUGGCCGUGUAAGCCGCGCAGCAUGGGACACUGCGAAUAUUGUUGCCAAUGCUUGGACGGGGCGCAUCAUUAGACAAAACAUUUGCUAUGGCGCACUGGUUCUAUGGAAUGGCAACGGCAACGGCAAUCAUGGGAGGCGGGCAUACAAUGGUUUGGUUGAUAUAACAUGUAGUCACGAACGGCGAAGAUCAGCAUUUUGAUACCUUACACGGGAUCAAUCAUCACCCUACUGUACUGGUCAGAUGGCACGGUGCGCCUGCAGCAACAGGACAUUGCGGAUCACUCCUUUUGCAUCUCAUUGUGUUUAUUUCUUCUGAUCUGCUGCUGACAUCCCCCAUGCCCUCGAAGGCAUUGGAACUAUGGACAGCCCUGUGGUCCUUUCAACCAGAGUCUACAUAAGGCCAUUAAGGACCCCCUCUCCCCCAUGGUUGCCCAUCUGACCACUCUCAAAAUGCAGCACUCUUCCAUAGCCGUCAACAAGAUACCCAGUACGUGAGCCUAGACUCCGCCUAUCGCCGAAUGGGUAUCUCAAAGGAUUGCGUUACACAUAAACAUGACAACACCGCCCAUGCAGGCGCUUCAUGCCUUGUGGCGUCGCUGAUGAAAACAGAAACGCAUAUUCGCUCCGCCCGCUCCUGAUGCAAUCAUCUCUUCGUUUUUGGACUGACAGACAAGGUCCUGAAAAAGAACACAACAUCGUUGUCGAUUUGUACAGCAGGAAAUGCUCAUGUUAAACACUCAUGAUCUGUGCCGCCCUAUACGUCAUGUCAGCUCGGUAGACUCAUAAAAGCAAG